AUGGCGACCGGGAACCUAAUUUCGGAGAACCGGACCUGGGGAGUGCGGCUGGCUGUGCUGUGCGCCGGGGUGACGUCAGCACAGUGCUGCUGCGCCGCCGGCAAAAGUUGGGAGGUUGCGCUUGAAAGAAAAACCGGGGGAAGCGGCGAGGUGACGUGGGAGACGUUGCGGCCCACUCUUCUGGGUAAUCACAGGCUGCGCCUUGAUGUGUGCCGGGGGGGGGUGGUUGUGGCCAUGGCUCGCGGCAGCAAAAAGGGGCUGGCAAAAGGGGGUCCCGUGUUCUGCAUUUUGAACGCUCUUGCAACGGCGCCGUGCCUGAUCAAAUGUGUCGGAGGGGGAAAGCUGGCUGCCGGGGGACCACUGUCGGGGUGGAGGGGGAAGCGAGUAUCUCUCCAGGGGGGCUGCCCACCAGGCUCAGUUGACUGGACACAUGCCCCUCCGGCUGGAAGCCGGCGUCAAUGGUCUCUGACCAUUAGCAAAGUGGAGGGGUCGGUCACAGCGCGGGUGGCUAUGCACUUGCAAGGAGUGCACGGCUCUGCGCUGCUGAGAGAGGCUCGGCUUCCCCGUCCAGCAGGGCGGUGGGCAGUGUACGACAUUUGCGGGGUUGUACGAGCCUUAAUGGAUGACGUAAUGGCACGGUGCCUUACUUCCGCUGUGUGUGAGGAACCUGUUUCCGCCGUCGGAAUGUGGCGGGGCGAAUCGAGAAGGCGAGGGGGCCGUGGGCAGUAA